GAUUUUGUUUUGUCACAUCUCCUGUUUUUACGCGCCGAUCGAAUUUGUGUGCCUUGUUCCUCAAAUUAGCAAGAGCAUCUGAAUUCUGCACCAAAAUGUUAUUCACUAAAAUGUGAAAACACACCCUACUUCCUCAGAAAUUUCCAAUAGUAAAUUGCAAAAUACAUGGGAUGAGAGAGUUUCUAACUCUUUUUAUAUACCUACACUUUUUAAUGUUGGACUGGGAAUGAUGUACAAUCCAUGAUACCAUAUACUGAUCCUCAAAUCAGUGCUCUGAAUCUCUACCACUCUCCCCAGCGUUCACUUUUUGUUUACACAAGAGAAAAGAAAUUGUCUACCCCGCCAUCUUCAAAAGUGGAUCUGGUGGUGCCUUUGCGAAUAGUUGGUUGAACGAGCUCCUUUGCAACCAUGAGUUUUGUCUUCCGAGGGAGUAGGGGAGAUAUUGAAAGUGGCUUUUCAGAAUAUGUUCCUGAAAGAACCUUGAUGCGGGUUCAUCCAGCUCGACCAGUUAAUGGCAAUUCUCUAGCUUUUCUUAUCACAGUUAUUUUGAUAUUCAUGAUAUUAAACUCCCCUCAGAUGUUACAUCAUUUUUUGCUCUGGGUUGUACUGGCUAUCUUUGUGAUGGCUACAAGUCUGAGGAUGUAUGCAACUUGUCAACAGCUUCAAGCACAGGCCAGGGCUCAUGCUGCAGCAGCCUCUGGGUUGCUUGGCCAUACUGAACUUCGUCUUCACAUGCCAUCAUCUAUUGCGAUUGCAACCAGAGGAAGAUUGCAGGGACUUAGACUUCAGCUUGCACUUCUUGACCGUGAAUUUGAUGAGCUAGAUUAUGACACUUUGAGAGCUCUGGAUUCUGAUACUGCUUCUAGUACUCGUUCAAUGACCGAGGAAGAGAUAAAUGCCUUGCCUAUUCACACUUAUAAAGUUCCAGUCCCACCAAAAGAUGGCUCAGCUGGUUUGGCGUCCUCUUCAGGUGCAGCUGAGAUUAAACAAGCCUCUGGAGGAACAGAGGCAGGUGCCAAAGGUUCAGAAGAUGAGCUGACAUGUACUAUAUGCUUGGACCAAGUUAAGAGGGGAGAGCUUGUUCGUAGCUUACCAUGCUUGCAUCAGUUUCAUGCAAACUGCAUUGAUCCAUGGCUCCGACAACAAGGAACAUGUCCUGUGUGCAAAUUAAGGAUAGGGUCGGUAAGUGGGGGAAACAGGGAAAGCGAGUCCGAUGGUUCAGAUAUUGCCUAGUUUAUGGUUCAGAUAUGGCUGUAAACUGCAUGAUGUGAGGCCUUGAGUUAUGUACAAGUAUAUAUGUAUGUGUAUUAUUCGGUAUUGGCGUAUAUAAUGAGAUUGGCAUGAGCAUAAGAUUGUAGUCCAUGUUUAGUCCCUUCUCUUCAAAAAGUAUAGCUAGUCUCCAUAUCCCAAAACUAUGUGUACCGCUUGAUAUAUAAAUAGCAUUAAAAAUGUUAUUAAAGUGGAAGUUGAUAAUGGUGUGAUUGUGAUACAUCUUAUUUUGUAUACACUUCACCAAAAAGAAAUCUUAUAUCUCAGAGUAACAAUUUUCUUUUUUGAGGAA